AUGCUGCUCUUCAAUUACUUUGGAGAAGUUUCCACUUCUUCGCUCAUUGCCCGUUUCCCAAUGAUCCCGCAGGAUGGCAUUGACUUUGAUGCUUUUCAACGUGCUGUAUGCUUAACGUCCCUCAAUAAGACAAAACAUUGCGCGAGGCUAGUAAUUCCUGUGUCUGUUGGCGCAAUGAGCCUGAAUAUCGUAAGAAUGCGAUUUUCGACGGAUAUUCAGAAGCAUUGGAUUCCUAGGGACUAUUAUACCCCACACAGAAAAGAAACACGGAGUGAUACCUUCUACUUCAAAUGGGAUAUUGUUGAGCUUGUGCCGAAUCCUUGUUGUACACCUACCCCAGUAGAUGAGAUUGAAGCUGCAGCGCCGGAGAUCCUUGAAAAUUCUUCUGCCUUGAGGUCAAGAGAGACAAAGCGGGAAGACGUCUCUGUUCUAAUAAACUUACUUCUACGUGUAAGAUUGGGAAAGGAGAAGUGGUUGAAUUUCCCCUUGGGUGAGAUUGUGAAAUCUGACCCCGAGGAGGGGGAACUAACACUGAGACUGGUGAACGGCUUAACUGAGGGAGAGAAACUUCCUCUAGACCAAUACGGCAAGGUGGAGGAUGUGCUCAUAAAUCUGCUAUUGGUUGGCUAUACGGAGUAG